CGUCAGCAAAAAAACAAGCAAUUCGCUUCACUGGUGGGAACACUGGGAAAGCCCAUACCUGUCUUGGCUUCCGAACUGAUUGGCUCCCCUUAUAGCAAUACCCAUCUUCAAUUCUCCAAUUUCUUAGAUCGGCCUCGACAACUCUGCAAUUGCCCGCCCGCCGCGCUCCGCUUCGUCACUUCUUUUCCUUUCGACGCGUCCGUCGAUUCUUGGGACGAAUUAAUCCGGUUCCCCUUUCCUGCCAACCUCACCCAGCUUGUUUUGUGCUCCUGACUUUGCUCCAUUUCGCUCCAACAUCUUGCGCGCCGCAGCAUUCGCAUCCUCAACCGCCGCAACCAUGCGCUGGUUAACGUCCUUUGCGGGCUAUCUGGCCCCCAUCUUCCUCAUCAUGUCGCCAGUUCUCUCCUAUAGCGACCAAGCCCUGUCGAUGCACAAGAAUAAGUCCAGCGCAGGCUUCUCUCUCGACAUCCCGCUGAUUAUGCUGGUAGCCUCUCUGUUGAAGAUCUUCUACUGGCCCGGCGCGCGAUUCGAUACUGCCUUGCUCAUCCAGGCCCUCCUCAUGAUUGUUAUGCAAGUUAUCUUGCUCAAGAUUGCUCUGGACCACCGCUUGCCGCCAUCGGCCAAAGGAGGAGAGGCCGCGACGCCCUUCGCCAACGUUAACGACGGUCCCGUCUUUGGCGCACAAAGGCCCUACCACUUCUGGCAGUGGAGGUCACCCAAGCCGUACUGGCAAUUCCUCCUCUAUCUCUUCAUCGGCUUGACCGUCUGCGAACUGCUCCUCGCGCCCGUGCGACCCGUAUACCAAACCUACUCGAUGCUCAUCGGCUACAUUGGUCUCUCGGUCGAGGCGACGCUGCCCCUGCCCCAGAUCUUCUCCAACUCACGAUCCAAGUCUUGCAAGGGCUUCCGCUUCUCCGUGCUGGCGAGCUGGCUGAUUGGUGACGCUAUGAAGAUGUUCUGGUUCUUCACGUCGACGACGGAGAUCCCCUGGGCUUUUAAGCUGUGCGGCAUGUUCCAGGCCGGAUGCGACUCGUUCCUCGGUGUCCAGUAUCUCAUGUACGGAGAUGGCGAGAAGGGUGAGAUCAAGGAGCACCCCAUGUCCCAGUAUCCUCAGUACCCUAACGGGGUCUACAAGCCUCCUUUGCCCGAGCACGUCAGUGGCAGGUCCAGUCCAGCCGGCCGAAGAACCUCUAGCCCCUUUGGCAAGGAAUUACGAUAAAUCGCAGUCAUCUCGAGUGCCUGCUCUUCCGAUGUACGAUGGUUAUUUGGGUUCACGAUCUACCGAUAUGUACGCAUACGUCCCGCAUAGCAGCGUUGUAAAUUCUGCGAAAUGUUGUAAAAAGAUAUGGGAGAGAUAGCUUAGACAGGGAUUAGAAAAGGAGUUUCAGGGGCCAACAACCUAGGGCCAAUGGUAAUUGCCGUGGGACUGCAGGGGUUUGAUGAGCGAACGAGAGCGCAAUCUUCUCUAGAUGGUGGCCAACGUCGUUAUCUAGCGUUAGUGAGUACUUUACUGGCUGGUUUUCAAGAUGGCGUUUGGCAUCAUGAAUGGCGUAGGAAAUGUUGUUCUGGGUGACGCACAUUCAUCUGGAUACCCAAGUUCUUAUAUACAUGC